ACGACGUGGAAAAGAUGGCAGCACCGUCCGGAAGGUGAAAGUCCUUCGGCGAAGAGGAAGGAGUGGUGGUGCACAUAUAGAGGGGCGAGAGGGCGCGGCUUGUCCAGACACUCUUUGUCCCGACGACGACGACCACGGCGACGACGACGACGACGUUCACCAUGUCGCCGAAGUUCCUGUUCCUUCUUGGAUCCCUAUUUCUAUUCGCCGGCACACAAGUGAGAGCUCAAGAUGACGAGGGCGCCGACGGAAUCGACGCGAACGCUGAAGAACUGUGUCAGGACCGGCCAGGGGAUGAAUACUUCCGGUUGAACACUGAGGGUGACUGUCGCGAUGUCGUAAGAUGCGACAAAGCCACCGAGAUCGGCGUGACCAGGUUGGCGACGGUGCGUUGCCCGACCGGGCUGGCGUUCGACAUCGAGAGGCAGACCUGCGACUGGAAGACGAACGUGAAGAACUGCGAGCAGCUCGAGAAGCCACGUAAGGUCUUGCCCAUCCUGAGGACCGACGAACCGGUCUGCCCCGAGGGGAAAUUGUCGUGCGGUAACGGCGAGUGCGUCGACAAGGAGCUCUUCUGCAACGGUAAACCGGACUGCAAGGACGAAUCCGAUGAGAAUGCCUGCACCGUGGAAACCGAUCCGAACCGCGCGCCGGACUGCGACCCGACUCAGUGUGUCCUGCCGGACUGCUACUGUUCGGCGGACGGCACGAGGAUCCCGGGCAACAUCGAGCCCAGCCAGGUGCCGCAGAUGAUCACAAUCACCUUCAACGGUGCGGUGAACGUGGACAACAUCGACCUGUACGAGGAAGUGUUCAACGGGCAACGUCAGAACCCCAACGGCUGCCAGAUCCGAGGCACCUUCUUCGUGUCGCACAAGUACACGAACUACUCGGCCGUGCAAGAUCUGCACCGCAGAGGCCACGAGAUCGCGGUGUUCUCCUUGACCCACAAAGACGACCCGCAGUACUGGACCCAGGGCACCUACGAUGACUGGCUGGCCGAGAUGGCCGGCGCCAGGCUGAUCGUCGAGAGAUUCGCCAACAUCACCGACGGCUCGAUCAUCGGGAUGAGGGCUCCUUACCUGCGAGUAGGGGGCAACAAGCAGUUCGAGAUGAUGGCCGACCAAUUCUUCGUCUACGACGCCUCCAUCACCGCCUCGCUGGGCCGCGUCCCGAUUUGGCCUUACACUCUGUACUUCAGGAUGCCGCACAAGUGCAACGGCAACGGCGGCAACUGCCCGUCCAGGUCGCACCCCGUCUGGGAGAUGGUGAUGAACGAACUCGACCGAAGAGACGACCCCACGUUCGACGAGUCGCUGCCCGGUUGCCACAUGGUCGACUCUUGCUCCAACAUCCAGACCGGCGAACAGUUCGCCAGGCUGCUCAGGCAUAACUUCAACAGGCACUUCAACAGCAACCGUGCCCCGCUUGGUCUUCACUUCCACGCGUCCUGGCUGAAGAGCAAGAAGGAGUACAGAGAGGAGCUGAUCAAGUUCAUCGAGGAGAUGCUCGCCAGGAGCGACGUGUACUUCGUUACCAUGGUUCAGGUAAUCAAGUGGAUGCAGACGCCAACCGAGCUGUCAGCCCUGCGAGACUUCCAAGACUGGAAGGAGACCUGCGACGAGAAAGGUCAACCGUACUGUUCCCUUCCCAACGCUUGCCCCUUGACCACCAGGGAGCUGCCGGGCGAAACCCUCCGCCUGUUCACCUGCAUGGAGUGCCCGAACUACUACCCAUGGCUGCUCGACCCCACCGGCGACGGGUUCACCGCGAACAAAUGAGCGGCCCGUACGAUAGAUCGGUCGGUCGUAGGUCGCGCGGACUCUAGGAAAACGCGCACGUCGGCCGCCGAGGAGGAUCUUCCAUUGGAGAGAAACGCGGGGCGAACGUUUCGCGACGCGCGAUCGUUUCUUGCCAAUGGGGUUCGGGCAUCCCUCGAAUCGAAUUCUGACGCGAAAUCGGCGGAUAUAAGAAAACAGGAUACUCAACCAAUACUCAAAUGGAUAUCGAAGAAAGGAACACACGAACACUUUGGAAAACAACUAGACGUCUUAGGAGUCAGCUAGAAUAGCUCAAUACUUUUUAGAAAAUAUUUAGUUGACAUGUUUUUCCCUCAAUCUUAGAAUCUUCUUGGACUACGAAUUCUAGGAUCUCUACAGAAUUUUGCUAACGUUUUAAUGAAGUAGAAUGUUUGAAAUACUCAGAAAAUAGGAUCAUUGAGACAGAUUGAUAAAUUAAUGAAUCACAUGGGAUUAUUAACCGAAAUUUCUGGAAUCACGAGUAGAAUGAAUUAUCAGUUUAGUCGUAAAAGAAAGGAUUGAUUGUCGCGUCAGGAUCUCCCGGCAGGUGUUCGCGAAACGUUUCGAUCGCCGGUUGCGAAUGAGAAGGACUCGCUUCUUGAGCGGAAGGGGCGAGCCCUGCGAGAGGACACUCGAACUUUGUACAUAACCACCGUAUACCUUGCCCUCCCCGAUAUCCCCUGUCCCUGCAGAAUUCCGGCGUCGUCGGUGGAUCCCGAGGAUCGAUCGUUGCCUCGAAGGAUCGAACACUCGGAGGACACCGUGACGCCGGGUCGUCCCCUGGUUACACGUUUAGCGAUUAAG